AUGAAUCAAACCCUAAUGCUAUUAGGAAAAUCCCCUUCUAAGCAAAAAGAGGAGAAGAAAUAGUUCGAAGGGCAAGGAAUUGCUCCCGUAUCCAAAGUGCUGAGCCAAUUAUUUCUUACAUUUUAUCCAGUUUAUCUCUCCACUUAAAAGAAGGCAAGUUUGAAAUGGAGAAGACCGCAUGUGAAAGAAUGA